AUGCAAAAUCAAAUAUUUUUAGAUAUUUUUCGAUCUCGCUUACCGCACCUAUCUGAUCUUUCACGUGAAAAAAUUGAAUUAGCACUACUCUACUACGAAUCAAACGUUGAUGAAACGGUUGCCGCAUUUGAACGAGAUGGAGCAGUGGAGGCUUUAAGCGGUUGGAGUGACACGAACCAUAGUCGAGUACAUACGUCAGCGAAGCGAAUCAAUGGCAAACCAAAUAAACCAUUGACAUUGAAUACGACAGCACCCAACGGCGUUCUACGGCCAUCACAACGUGUUUCCAGCAUAUUUCAAAUAUUCGCAGAAGGCGGAACACCAUCACCGACUGCUAGUACAACUACAAUCGUGUCAAGCACUUACUCACCAUCAUCGAUAUCACCAUCUUCACUUAUUGAACAAUCAGAUUCAUUUGCUAGUCUAGAUUCACCAGCGGUGGCAGUAGCAGUAGCAGCAGAAACACUGGAUCCAUCAACUGCUUCGACGACGAUUGAUAAUACUAUUCCGGAAGAACCGACGGAUGCACAGAAACCUGUCAAAUCACAACGUCGAAAGAGUAUUAAAAAUCGUAAUAGUUCAACAUCAUCGAUAACUCAAACGCAUGACAAUGGAGGUAAUUCGCAAGCGGUGACUACAGCGACGAAAGUUUCCAAUUCAACUGCACCUAGUAGCAAUAGGAAAUUGCUAGUCAAAUCCGUGAAGGAUCUUCAACGGCAAACGUCCACUUUGUCCAAUGUCGAAUUAUUGUUCAAUAGCGAAAUUAAAGCAUCAAUAAAACGUAUCGAUGAUGUUUUCAAACAAAUCUAUGAAAUUCUCAAAGAACGCGAAGUUGCACUGUACCUCGAAAUGGAUAAAGCCAAAGAACAAGGUCUGAAUGUUAUUCAUCGACGUCAACAACGUGGUGUGGAAUUACGUCAACGUAUCGAUCGCUGUGAUCGUCUUGAAUCGUCCGAAAUCGAUAGUCUUCGUCAUGAUAUCAAACAAUUCGUUACUGACCGACGUUAUGAUCUAAGUGAAGAGUUGACCUCAGCACAUCGAUUCGAUUACGAUCAAAGUAUCAUUGAUGCAUUGAAACAUUUCGGAACAGUUCUUACCGUUGAUCGAAGACGUUCAAUCUCAGCAGUAACAGCAGUCCCAUUAUUCGAGGCAACAACUCCAGAAAGUUCCGUUGCGAAUACAAUAUCCGAUGACAAACCCGUUGAGAAUGGUCGAACAUCCUUACUAUCCUCAUCAUCCAAUGAGGUUAAUCCACCAAACCAUGCUCAAAACCAACAGCCAUUGCCACAGCGAAUGCAUAAUAAUAACAAUAACAAGUCUCGUAGUAAACGUUCGAAUGGUGAAGCUAUUCAUUCUCCUACGGAUAGAAAUGGCCCCGGUGAUUCUCGUUCGAAUUUCUACUCUUCAUCGCAAACAAACGGCUAUUCACAAUACCAUGAUGACCCAUAUAAUUAUCAAAAUGCGAAUCAGCGUCGAUAUCCAUCAACACAAUAUUCUCCAGGUAACUUUCAACGGCCACGUCCAUUACUUAAUUAUCAGAAUGGUAAUUACCGUCGCACGAUACCCAAACAGAUAAAUAAUCGUAGUAAUAUGUACAAUAACAGUGAACCAACAAAUACGUAUCAUCAUCCUCGUCCAUCGUCUCAAUCAAUAGUUCCCGUACAAACUUAA